UGAUUGACCAAAUAUCAGAGGAUAUCCUCUAUUUCCGUGUUUCCUGGGUUUCCUGUUCAGUGUGGCCAGUUAAUUGCACUCAAGAGGAGAGCAAUGAGUGAUUCCCACGUGGAAUACGUGAUUUAUUCACUGCAGCACACGUGCAGAUGCUGCCUGGCCAAUUUAGAGAAUGGGAUUCACAUUGAAGAUGAAUAUGUUCAGGAAUCGACAGGACUGAGAAUUAUCCAGCAAUUUCAGUAUCUUGACUUGAAGAUUGACGUGGACGAUGGAAAACCGCAGCAGAUUUGUUCCGGAUGUCUUGAUAAACUCAAGACAGUUUCAAGCUUCCGGACGCUGUGCCAGAAGUCUCAAGAGGUUCUUGAAAAGUAUUUUAGUGAACCUACAGAGAAUACAAGCGAUGAAGGCAUCAAGGAUGCUGAGAAAUCGGAAGAUCUCAUAGCUAGUUUCACAGUUGAAUCUGAACUGAUUACAAAAGACAUUGAAGAGGGUACGGAGAAGGAAUCUGACAAGAAGGAGGAAGACACAGAAGCAUCCUGGCAAUGGUUUGAGACUGAAAUUCCAGAAAUGGAAGUAGAUCAGCCAGCAGAAUCCAAAUUCACAUGCACAAUCUGUCCAAGGAGUUUCACAGAAGAGUUUCUGCUGCUGCAGCACGUGAUUGAUCAUCCUACAGCAAAAUAUCUCGUGUGUCACAUCUGCGACACUGAAUUCAAAGGCAAGAGUGAGCUGAGACUCCACAUGCGCUCACUGCACCCUAAAGAGAGACCCCACGCGUGUCCCAUCUGCCGAAAGACCUUCCAGAGCAUCUCCAAUCGCAACACUCACAUACAAUCGCACAAUCAGAACAAUUCCUUCAAGUGCUCCAUCUGCGGACAGGGCUUUAAGAGCAAGGUGUACAUGAACAAGCACAAGAAGUCUGUGCACGACGUCACAGAGCACGAGUGUCCGCACUGUCUGGCCAUUUUCGCCAACAAAGUGAAGUACGAGUAUCACCUGAAGUCGCAUGAUCCCAACAAGAAGUAUAAGUGCCGCUAUUGCGAGAAGUCAUUCAUCCAGCAUCACCAUCUCGUGAAUCACGAGCGCACGCACACUGGCGACAGGCCAUUUCUCUGCAAUUAUUGUGGAAAGCACUUCAAGCAGGAGUGCAAUUUCAAGUUACAUCUCCGCUAUCACACCGGAGUGCGCCCUUACGUGUGCAACAUCUGUGGAAAAGACUUCGUGCAGAGAGGCUCUUUCGUGAUGCACAUAAAGCAACAUUCAGGCGAGAAACAGUGGCAAUGCGAACACUGUGGAAAGCAUUUUAUUCAGAAAUCCAGUCUCACUGUUCAUCUCAGGACUCACACUGGCGAGCGCCCGUUCAAAUGCGACUCCUGCGACAAGGCCUUUAUCCAGGCGCAGCAGCUCAAGUACCACAAAUACUCAGCCCACGGUGGGCCGCCGAUCGGGAAGGCGCGUGACUCCACCGGAUCUCAAGAGACGCGACCUCAUCCUUACAUUUGCCAGCUGUGCAACAAGGGAUUCAAGCUGCCCUCAUCUCUGUCUAGUCAUCUGAAAGUGCACACGGAAGUGCGCAAGCACGCUUGUCCGCAAUGCGGAAACUCCUUCAAGAGGGCGGAACACCUGAGGAUCCACAUAAAUGGCGUACACUUAAAGCAGCGGCCGUACGAGUGCAAUCUCUGCGACAAAACAUUCGCGCAGUCGGGCGACAGGAAUAUCCAUAUGAGGCGCCACACUGGCGAAAAACCACACAAGUGCAGCUUCUGCAACAGGAGCUUCCGGCUGUUGAAGGCGAUGCGCGCCCACGCGAGGAUCCACACGGGCGAGAAGCCCUACUCAUGCGAUCUCUGCAAGGUGGACUUCAUGACCUACACAGCUUUGGCUACUCACACCAUCAAGCAUGAGGAUGGAAGGCUGCCCGACGCUGAGGGGCUGAUAAAGCAAGAGGAAACUCAACUCACAUAGACUUAUGGAUAACAAAACAAAUAAUAAGUAGUAAUAAACUGAGUGAAGAAAACAA